UCAAAAUCAAUUGUUUUCUCAAAAAAAUAUAUUAUUUAAUAUAUUAUUUUAAAAAAAGGGAAUAAAUAAGGGAAAAACUCCCAAACUCGCAUUAAAUUUUAACGGUGGUAGACGGGGAAGAUAAUUAAGUCAAAAAUAAAAUAAAGAAGGGACGAAGCCUGAAGGGUUUUAGAAGAGGGGGGAUGCUGGAGCUCUGCACCUCCAUAAUCUCUCAAUUUCAAUGGUUUCCCUCUCGACUUGGUGUCGAUAUAUUGCGCACAAGCUCGAAUACUCCGUCUCUCUUAGCUGGAAGAGCUAUAAAAGAGGUCAAAUAACUGACAGAGAAGUAGGUGAUGUUGUGUGGAAAAAUGUUUUUCAAGGAAAAUUGACUUUCAUGCAUUGGAAUAAGGGAGAGGAGAUGGCUCCGGCAAUUGGGGGCCAGGGGGGAACUCUUCUUGUCAGAAAAAUACCUGCUGCAAAUCCAAGUCGUGUUUUUGUUGGAGAUGUUGUAGUUUUGAAGGAUCCUGAGAAAUCAAGUGGUUAUCUGGUUCGAAGAUUGGCAGCCAUUGAAGGGUAUGAAAUGGUGUCUACAGAUGAAAAAGAUGAGCCUUUUGUUCUUGAACAGGAUCAGUGCUGGGUGUUGGCUGACAAUGAAACUUUGAAACCCAAGGAAGCGAAUGACAGCAGAGCGUUUGGCCCAGUUUCCAUGGCGGACAUAGUUGGCAGAGUCAUAUAUUGCUUGAGAACAGCUGUGGAUCAUGGGCCUGUGCAGAAUAGUCAUUUCAGCAUGCAAAAGGAUUCACCAGUAUUGGAGAUUGAACUGGACGUUGAUGAGAUGGCUAAAAGUCACAAAACCUAGAGUCUGCUUAGGAGGAGGAUCCGACUCAGUUGGCUUGUAUGUAUUUUCCUCCCCACUUCUUUUCCUCAUUGGACCGUUAGAAAUUAUCUAGGAAAAAUAAGAGAUGUAAUUUUUAGAAUGUUCAUCCAUUAUUGGACUUGAAAUGAGUAUGGCAAUUGGGUGAUAGAUCUCUGUACCCUCCUGGGCGGAAUCCAAAGCGGCCUUUGUUGAAUUUUGAGUUAUAAACUGUAUUUCAACAUUGCUUUGAAACAAUUCUGUAGUCUGCAAAACCAUCAAAACAGAGCUUCUAGUCAAUGAAUUCUAAAACAAGCAAAAAAAAAAUAUUCUAGCCCCUACUGCGAGGCUGA